UUAAAAUAUAAGAAAGCCAACAAUUAUCAAAUGACACUGACAUUUAUCUCAUGUUUUUGAGGUUAAAACGAAGUUUCUCUCUGAAAUUUUGUAUGUAUGAAGAAAAGGAAUGAAAGGGUUAGGAAAUUUCGGUAAAAUCGCUGUUGGUUGGAGUUUAAUAACAUUUUCGGGUGUAUAUGCAUUUAUUUUGUCGAAAAACUCAAUUGAUAAGAAACGAGUUGAGAGUAUGCAAAUUCGUGAUCGAAUGAAAAAAGCUAAUUUUGGUGAAUACGAAAAAAGUGAAAGAAAAUUUGUUUAA